AUUCUAAAUAAAUAUAUUUAUUAUAAUAAAAUAACAAUGUAAUAAUUAAAAAAACCGAGAGUAUUUUUAUGUAGUGAAUGUUUUUCCCAAACCCCAUUUUUUAAGGGAGUACGAAAUGAUUAGUGACCUAAUCAAGUGAUCUCCACAUUAGACCAUCCAACGACCAAACUGUUUCUGACAGAUCUAACGGUUGUCCUUCACCCGUUAAAAAAAACCAAAAUUUCAAUUGAGCCCGCGUUGAAAGAAACCAACACCGAAACCCUAGAAAGAGGAAGGAGGAGGAUCUCAGCAUCAGAAUCCCCAGUCAAAGCCAAGAUGCCGAAAUCCAAACGCAACAGAACCGUUACUCUCCCAAAGGCGAAGAAGAAGGGAAGAGACCAAAAAGAAGCAAUCUUGGGCUCAAUCAAGCGGGCAGUACGAGAAUACAGCUCUGCUUAUGUUUUCACGUUCGAGAACAUGAGGAAUCAAAAGUUUAAAGAGUUCAGAGAGCAGCUCAAGUCAAACAGCUAGUUCUUUCUCGGGUCGAAUAAAGUUAUGCAGAUAUCACUGGGUCGGUCUGUCGCUGAUGGUGAAACCGGGCUGCAUAAGCUUUCAAAGUUUAUGCGAGGUGAUUCUGGGCUUUGUUUUACGAAUAUGGACAGAGAGGAGGUGCAGAGGGUUUUCGAAAAAUUUGAAGAACAUGACUUUGCAAGGACAGGAAGCCUAGUAACAGAACAGGUGGAGUUGAAGGAGGGUCCUUUGGAACAGUUUACACAUGAAAUGGAGCCAUUUAUUCGGAAACAGGGCAUGCCUGUUCGCUUGAACAAAGGUGUUGUCGAGUUAGUAUCGGAUUUUGUAAUUUGUGAAGCAGGAAAACCUCUAUCCCCAGAAUCGUCUCGGAUACUGGUGGAUUGGGCAGGGACAGAGAGCUCAUGCUGAGAAGAUCCAUGCGCAACCCGCAUCUUGAUCAUGGGCACAGAAGGCCCAUCAAGCCC